AUGUUUUGAGUGGUUGUCACAGGAAGUGCCACAGUUGAAAUGGGUGGAUCUAAGUUUUUCUACAAAUCUGAUUGACCUGUCAGCAUUGUCGAAGGCGUUUUAUCUCCGGAGAUUGAAUCUAGAAGGCUGCACGAAUCUGAGUACGCUACCAAAAGAGAUGAAAAACAUGAAGAGCCUUGUUUUUAUGAACCUGAGAGGAUGUGUAAUGCUUUCUUCUCUACCAGAAAGACUGCAUUUAAUAUCUCUGAAGACUCUCAUCCUCAGUGGCUGCUCAAGAUUUAAAAAGUUUGAGCUGAAUUCCGAAAAUCUUGAAUUUCUACAUUUAGAUGGCACUGCAAUCAAGAACCUUCCCAAAAGCAUCAAAAACUUCCAGAAACUUGUGUUACUUAAUUUGAAAGACUGCAAAAUGUUGGAGUCUCUACCUUACUGUCUCGCCAAGUUAAAGGCUCUUGAAGAACUAAUACUCUCUGGUUGUGAAAGUCUUACGAGGUUUCCUGAUAUUAAGGAAAACAUGAAAAACCUGCAGAUUUUACUACUCGACAGGACGUCAAUAAAAGAGCUACCAAAUAUGUUACUGCAUUGUGUUAAAUGCAAAGACCAAGUGGUCUGCCGUCAGCCAUUCCGGAUGAACGGUGUAUCCUUGUUGCGGCAUCUGUGCUUAAGGGGAAAUAAAGAUAUCUGCAGCCUGGGAUCUAGCAUCAGUCAACUCUAUCAUCUGAAAUGGAUCGACUUGAAGUAUUGUGAUAGUUUACUUUCUAUCUCAACACUGCCACCAAAUCUUCAAUGCUUAGAUGCGCAUGGUUGUAUUUCACUAAAAACAGUAGCCGUUCCCUUGGCCCUUCUUAUGCCAACAACGCAGCAGGUCCCCGCCUCAUUCAUUUUCACUAACUGUGGAAAACUAGAGCAAGCUGCGAAGAAUCAAAUUGUAUGUUAUGCUCACAGUAAGAGCCACCUCCUCUCAGACGCAUUGAAUCGCCACAAUAAGGGUUUUGCAUUUGAAACUUUGGUUGCCACUUGCUUUCCUGGAAGUGAAGUUCCUGCUUGGUUUAGUCACAUAGCUUCUGGAGCAGAGUUAUAUCCAGAACUUCCUGGACACUGGAGUGAAAAUGGAUCUGUUGGAAUAGCUCUGUGUGCUAUUGUCUCAUUUGAGCACUACAAAACUCGAAACAACAACCUCCAGUUGAAAUGCAGAUGUGAGUUUGACGAUGUUGAGACACUGUCUAGCAACUUUAAUUGCCAUAUUGGAGGUUUAUUUGAGACAGGUGAUGAGGAACGCACCAUUAAGUCGACUCAUGUGUUCAUUGGCUACACCAAUUGGUUGGAUAUAGAAAAAUGUCAAGAAGAGGAUAAUAAGAAGAAAUGCGUUCCUACUAAGGCUUCCAUAAAAUUUGAAGUUACAAAUGGUACUAAUGACGUUACGAAUUGCGAGGUCUUGAAGUGUGGCUUCAGUUUAGUUUAUGAAUCAGGUUCUUGGGAGGCAAGCUUAGGGACAGAGUGCGUCACACAUUGUGAAGGUAUAUUGUCAGGUUUCUUGAGAGGAAUCAAAUGGUUGUUUCAAUAACCGAAACAAGGGAUGAUGACUUCAAUGGUGACGCAACCUGUAAUAUCUAUGUAGAUCCACGGAGUGUUAAUAGCUUAUUUUAUCAACGAUAUCUUCUUGUAACAAUAUUUGAUGAGGCAAAGGUGAUUAUUGAUGUAACUCAUUUUCAUAUGUUUGUUUCUCAUGUUCCAUUAUUAAAACAGAGUUGGGACUUGAGUGCUAAAC